AUGACCAGUGACGUGACCAGUGACAGGACAAGUGACAAAACCAGUGACAUGACCAGUGACAGGACCAGUGACGUGACCAGUGACAGGACCAGUGACGUGACCAGUGACCGGACCAGUGACGUGACCAGCGACAUGACCAGAGACGUGACUAGUGAUGUGACCAGUGACGUGACCAUGGUCAGGACCAGUGACAAGACCAGUGACGUGACCAGUGACAUGACCAGUGACAGGACCAGUGACAGAACCAGUGAUGUGACCAGUGACGUGACCAGUGACAGGACCAGUGACAGGACCAGUGACGUGACCAGGGACAGGACCAGUGACAAGACCAGUGACGUGACCAGUGACAUAACCAGUGACGUGACCAGUGACAGAACCAGUGACGUGACCAGUGACGUGACCAGUGACAGGACCAGUGACAAGACCAGUGACGUGACCAGUGACAGACCAGUGACAGGACCAGUGACGUGA